AAGAAGAAGAAGAAGAAGAAGAAGAAGAAGAAGAAGAAGAAGAAGAAGAAGAAGAAGAAGAAGAAGAAGAAGAAGAAGAAGAAGAAGAAGAAGAAAGGGGACGGGGAAGGAGAAGGAGUCGCCCGGAUGAGCACACGGGCAAUGCAAACAUCUCAGGGAACCACCUCUGGAGAGAGGUGAGCAUCUCCGCGCAGAGGACGACCAAGUUCUGAAGCAGGCGCCAUCGUUCGCUGCCCGUGGGGAGGCCACUUUGAGACGGAGGCCAGUCCCCACUGCAGGUUGCCACUCCUAGCUCUCCACCCCCUGCACACGAGGGGUGAAACCAACAUCGCUGCUGCAGCCACUCCUGGGAUGCAGAGCCGACACGCGGCUUUUGGCCGGGCCUCCUCUGGGCUUGAAAGGCAUCCAGCUGAGCAGAGCAAAACAAGUUGCACAACCUCAGGGUGGGUGUGACUUCCUGAGGCCAUCGAGCCUCCUCUCCUGCUGCCGGGGCUUUUCCUGCACAGCCCUCCCGACAAGCAAGCGGCCACCUCCAUCAUGGAUCUCCUCAGUGCAGCAACCCUUUUCCUGGUCAUCUGCCUCUCCUGCCUGACCGUCCUGUCCACAUGGCGCCAGAUGCACCGCAAGAGCCAGAUGCCCCCGGGACCAACACCCCUCCCCUUCAUUGGGAACCUGCUGCAGGUCAAGACAAGUGACAUGUACCAGUCACUCCUGAAGAUCAGCGAGACGUUUGGCCCCGUCUUCACCAUCCACCUGGGUCCCCGGCGAGUGGUGGUCCUGUGCGGCUACGAUGCAGUCAAGGAAGCCCUGGUGGACCAGGGGGAAGAGUUCAGUGGCCGGGGGGAGCAGGCCACCUUUGACUGGAUUUUCCAGGGCUAUGGCGUCGCCUUCAGCAAUGGCGAAAGGGCCAAACAGCUCCGACGAUUUUCCAUUAUGACCCUGAGGAAUUUUGGCAUGGGGAGGAGAUCCAUCGAGGAGCGGAUCCUGGAGGAGGGUCAUUUCCUGCUGGAGGCGAUAAGGAGCACAAAAGGCGCACCCUUUGACCCCACGUACUUCCUGAGCCGCUCCGUGUCCAACGUGAUCAGCUCCAUCACUUUCGGCAGCCGCUUCGACUACGAAGACAAGGAGUUCCUCUCCUUGCUGAGCAUGAUGCUGGGGAGCUUCCGUUUCACGGCCACCUCUUGGGGGCAGCUCUACGAGAUGUUCUCUGGCAUCAUGAAGUACAUGCCCGGCCCCCAACAUAAGGCAUUCAAGCAGCUGCUGGGGCUGGAGGAAUUCAUCACAAGGAAGGUGAAGGUCAACCUGGAGACCCUGGACCCCAGCUGCCCUCGGGAUUACAUUGACUGCUUCCUGGUGAAAAUGCAGCAGGAAAAGGAAAACCCAAACUCAGAGUUCUUCCUAAAGAAUCUGAUCCUGACAACACUCAACCUCUUCUUCGCUGGCACAGAAACCGUCAGCACCACUUUGCGUUACGGCUUCCUCCUUAUGCUGAAACACCCGGAAAUUGAAGAGAAGGUCCACAAGGAGAUCGACCAAGUGAUUGGCAGGAAUCGCAUCCCCAACAUGGAGGAUCGGGCCCAGAUGCCCUACACGGAAGCUGUGAUCCACGAGAUCCAGAGGUUCUGCGACAUGAUUCCUAUGGGACUAGCACACCGUGUGAUCAAGGACACCCAGUUCAGAGGAUACACAAUUCCCAAGGGGACCGAGGUCUUCCCAAUGCUGGGAACAGUGCUGAGAGACCCCAAAUAUUUUGCAAGGCCUGAUGUCUUUGACCCCCAGCACUUCCUGGAUGAGAAUGGGAAGUUCAAGAAGAGCGAUGCUUUCAUGCCCUUCUCCAUCGGGAAGCGCUACUGCUUCGGGGAGCGGCUGGCCCGCAUGGAGCUCUUCCUCUUCUUCACCAGCAUCCUGCAGAGGUUCCGCUUCCAGUCGCCCGUCCCGCAGGAGGACAUCGACAUCUCCCCGCAGCUGGUGGGCUUUGCCACCAUCCCGCGCUCCUACCAGCUGCGCGCCAUCCCCCUGCUGUGAGGGGGGGCUGCUGCUCUCCCCCCUCCACCCCCCCCCCCGCCAGCACCUCGGCCAAGCAGCAGCACCAGCGAGCGGCGCGCCUCCGGUCCAGCGGCCGGGCUCCCCGGCGCGCCAUCUCCUCCUCCUCCUCCCCCCUCCUCCAGCCCCGGGUGGCGGGACAGUCCUCGCCGAGGACGGAGACGGGGCCUCUUGCCCAGGCAGCUCCCUCCUUGUCCCGGGGCCAGCGGCGGCGCUCUCGAGCGGCCUUUUGCUUUCCUCACACCGGCCCAAGGAAGCAGCCCGGCCGGCCGGCCGGCCGGGGGAGCUCCGACUGCGGAGGAGGCAACGACUCCGGCCUUUGUAUUCUUCUUGUUCAAAAAGCGGCCGGGGCGGCGGGGCCAUGAUCGUGCAGGCAGGGUGAGAUGCGGGGGCCAACCCGCCCGCCCCACCGCCAGGGCCCCAAUCCAAAUCGCCUCUCUGGUGCAGAGGGGGACUCCUCCGUGGCACAACGCAGGGCAAGUCAGUUCCCCCCAGCGAUUGGUGGCUCACAGCCCUGCAUGCCCCAGCCCCGCUGCCCCGGCUGCUUGUGGGGGGGAGAGCAUCAAGAAGACUUGGAGGGCCCUGCUGCCCGAGUUCCUCCUCCUAGGCUGGCCUCUUGGUCAGCUUCCUGCUGCGAAGGCUUUGCCCCGAGCAGGGAGACUUCUGGCCGGGAGAGGGUGCAGCCUCUCCAAGUCUCACGCCCCAGCUGCGAGGCAAGAUCUUCUGUAUGUUCCUGACAAACUCUGAAAAGCGGUUUGGGAUUGGAAAGCCGACUUUAGUGGAGCCUUUUCAGUUAUAGCAAUAGCACUUACAUUUAUAUACCGCUUUAUAGCCGGAGCUCUCUAAGCGGUUUACAAUGAUUUAGCAUAUUGCCCCCAACAUUCUGGGUACUCAUUUUACCGACCUCGGAAGGAUGGAAGGCUGAGUUAACCUUGAGCCCUUCUGGUUACAGGGCGGCAGUUUUGCCACUGCACCACCAGGGGCUCAUUUCUGGUUAUCUUUCUGGUUUCUGGUUAACAGGAGAACAUGCACCCAGACUAGGCAUUCUUGCCCCCUGGCCUUCAGGGACAACGUCCAGGGCCUCCACACCCCCUGGGGUUUAGUUUAUCCUCAUGAGUGGUGUGGUCACCAGCCACACCACUGGCCUGUGCCACACCAGGCGGCCGAGCGGGUUUUGACCUGUGCCAGGUGCUUUAGAGACAGAGUGGGGAAAGAAAUAUGUGGGGUGGGGAUAUGCUAAGCUGCAUGUUGAAAUGUUGCUGCUCAUGCAUAUUUGCAUAAAUAUGGCUGUUUGAUAUUCUUA